AUGGGAAGCCAGAUUGAACCAACCGUCACCCUCCCUCAGGGUAAGAUUAUCGGCGUCCAGCUGCAGGACGCGCUUCCGCAGCCAGUCGACGGCUGGCUGGGCGUCCCCUAUGCCUUGCCACCCACUGGCGAUCGACGCUUUCGGCUACCAGCCAAGAUUCCUCCCUCCUCUGACACUGUCAUUCAUGCCACCAAGUAUGGUCCUGCAGGUCCCGGCAAGCCACUCUUGGCGGGAAGUGCCCCUCUUGAGUACAGCGAAGACUGUUUGACUGCGAACAUCUUUCGCCAGUCAUCAGGGUCGCAUGCCAAGCUCCCAGUUGCGCUAUACAUCCACGGUGGAGCGUUCAAUAGAGGCACUGCAUCAAUGCACAAGACUGCUUCAAUGGUAUCCAACGCGCCUGAGCCAUUUAUCGCCGUUAGCUUCAACUACCGUAUCGGAGCCCUUGGAUUUUUGCCGUCUAGCCUCAGUGCCAAGGAAGGCGUGCUUAAUCUUGGGCUCCGAGACCAGAUUCUCAUGAUGGAGUGGGUUCAAGAGAAUAUUGCGGCCUUUGGUGGCGACCCGGAUAAUGUUACCUUGUUUGGUCUUUCAGCUGGAGCCCACUCUAUUGGUCAUCUUUUGAUGUACUACAAGGAGGGUGUGGCACCUCUCUUCCACAAGGCCAUUCUCGAAUCUGGAGCCCCCACCUCUCGUGCUGUCAGGCCAUACAACGCACCUAUCCACGAAGCCCAGUUCAAGGACUUCCUUCAGCAAGUUGGUGUGCCCGAGGAUUUGCCCGAGGACGAGAUCUUCCCAUACCUGCGAAAGCAACCCGAGAACGUUAUCACUGCCGCUCAGACAGCCACCUUCGAUAAAUACAACCCCUCGCUUCGCUGGGCCUUCCAGCCAGUUAUUGAUGGCGACAUCAUUGCCCGACCGCCCCUGGAAACAUGGAGGCAGGGCAAGUGGCACAAGGUACCCAUCAUGACGGGCUUCACCACCAACGAGGGCUCUCUCUAUGUGGACAAGAAGAUGUCUACUGGAUCUGAGUUCCGACACUUCUUUGAGGAGUUGCUGCCUCUUCUCUCCAAGGAGGAUAUCAACACCAUCGACAACCUUUACCCUGAUCCAGCCACAUCGGACGAGUACAAGGAGACACGAGAGGGCAUGGGCGCUCAGUAUAAGCGUAUCGAGGCUGCAUAUGCCCAUUACGCUUACGUGGCACCUGUGCGACAGACGGCAGAGCUAGCCUCUCCCUCAGCUCCUGUCUAUGUUUACCACUGGGCUCUAGUCUCCUCUGUCAACAACGGCGCCCAGCACGGCGACAACAUGAGGUACGAGGUCUGUGAUCCAAAUGUCGUAAAGAUCUCUCCGGCACAGAAGGAGGUGGCAGAAAUCACAAAUACCUACGUCACAAGCUUUAUCACCAAGGGUGACCCUAAUGCCGUCGCCGGUAAUUAUCCCAACCGACCAAAGUGGGAGCCGUAUGAUGGCAAGGCACCCAAGGUUCUCCAGUUUGGCCCUGGAAAUGAGGAACUGAUCGGAGGCAGUGUUGGUAGCCCGGCUGCGUUUGUAGAUGAUGUUUGGGGACGCAAGCAGUCCGAGUUUUGGUGGAGCAAGGUGGACAUCUCGCAACAAUAG